GGCACAGCAGUAUAGCUUACGUGGGGAGGGGAGUAGCCCUUUUUUUGCAUAAGAUCCGCUUAAUGCAGAAUUUUUAUUUUUGUGGCCGUUCCCCAUCGCAUCGGGGAUGCAGCGCUGAGCUAAUGCGGCGAGGCGUCAAGGCGCGUGCCGUAUUUAGACACAGCCACCUGCUUGCGAACAUCAAGCGGCAGCAAAGAGCACGCUUCAGCAAAAAAAAAAAAACCCUCCCCUGUGGAUUCUGCAGCAGCGGCAUCCAGCAGGCUCUCCCUGCCUAAAUCUGCGGGUGGCCACCAAAGGGGGCAGCGCCAGAAGACGGCCAGAGCCCGUCAGCCCAGGAACGCUCUGAGCCUGGCGCUCCCUCUGCCCAGGAACUGCCAGAUAUUUUGGACAGCUGCAAAGUGGAAUUAAAUCACAUGGGUGAAGAGUGGCCUAAUCUCCACAUAGGCAAUAUCUCCAUAGCCCAUAACGAGGAAGACCUGAGGAGGCUUGGUGUCACCCAUGCACUGAAUGCAGCACGAUUUGCAUGGGGAAGCAAAGGAGACCAAACUUUCCACAGCCAGGAAAGGCGUUACUAUGGAAUAACUGCAGCGGACUCAAUCGACUUUCACCUUGGUGCGACAUUUCUGUACUGCCUCUGAAGCCAAAUGAAAAGCUGUCUGUGAUACAGCCCGAGUGCAUGCAAGAGAGCAGCAAGAUGCCUCACACCAGAGACUCUCCAUCUCCGACCAGCAGUGCAGGGAGCAGAGCUUCCUACGAAACCCCAGCGUUACCAGACCUCCAGCGGCUCUGUUGGUUCAGAGGAGGGUCUGAUAAUCAUGUGGACCAAGUCUGGCCAAAUAUUUACCUGGGAGAUGCGUGGGCUGCUAGGAGCAAAACCACUCUUCAAAGCCUCAACAUUACUCAUAUCCUCAAUGCAGCAGAUGGGCCAUAUAGCAUCAACACGGGAGCCAAAUAUUACGAAGAUCUGCAAAUAGAGUACUACGGAGUAGAAGCAUUUGAUGAUCCUUCCUUUGAUUUAAGUAUCUUCUUCUACGAUGCUGCCAAUUUCAUAGGCAAAGCCUUAAACACUUCAGGAGGUAAGGUAUUUGUUCAUUGCGCCAUGGGGGUGAGCCGCUCCGCAUCACUCGUGCUUGCCUUUUUAAUGAUCCAUGAAAACAUGACACUCGUGGAUGCUCUGAAAACGGUGAGUGCUCACAGAGACAUCUGCCCGAAUUCAGGGUUCCUGAGCCAGCUCCGGGACUUGGACAUUAAACUAAACGAAGAGAUGAAAGGAACCAGAGCAUCUGCUACCAAAGAGCUGUAGGAAAGUAUUGCUGAAAGAGGCCAAAACGAUAUUUGAGUUUCCGGUAUCUCUUUUAAAUGAAUUGCAAUUGUAAACUAAGGAUGCAAGUUUAUGAUACUUAUGAUAAUAACUAGAAUGCAUGUUAUUACUAAAAGUAGAUUUUACUUGAUCUUUCCAUUUUUCAAAGCCCUCUUAGGUCAUACUUACGAUUGGUUGGAUAUUGUAUCCUUCACUCUCCACCUUAAAACAUUGCUCUCUGCUGGUAAAAUAAAAUAAAUAAAUUAAAAAAAAGGUAUCGGGUUCCACUUCAGAAAUAGCUGUGUUUCAGCAACUAGUGAAGCUCGUAUCACUUUAUGAAGUGUUAGGCUAUUUGAGGUGAAAGAUGCCAUAUUAUUUAUGUUACAAUAAUACUUAGAAGUUUUCUUAUGAACCAGCCCCCCACCCUUUUGCUCCCCACAUCGAAAAUGGUUUGUAUUUUGAGACUUGAAUCUGGCACUGGUUAGUUCUUGCUUUUACAGUUGGUGGAGCCCCUGAUUCGGGGCUAGGAGGCUGUUUAAAGGCAGAGCAGCUGGGAAACAACACAAGCCACUCUUUAAGAAAUUAUUCCAGAUCUCUCUAUGGUGGUUUUUUUCCCCCCCUUUGACUGUUCAUCAGAUUAUUAUUUUUCUUCUGUGAAAAUACAUUUGUUUGAGAGGACAUCCAAAUAUUGCUCAUCAUCCCUAGUAAGUGUCAUCCAAGAGCUGCUGUGGAAAAUGCUUCUGAAGAGGAAGGUGGGUUCCCAGCCAAGCCCCGGAAGGGCUGCAUGGGCAGGGGGAGCGGGUGCAGGGCACCGUUUGACAACAAAGUUCAGCAUAUCCCAAAUUUGCCUGACAGUUCAAUGUUUUAAAACUUGGGAUGUUCUUUCUCAAAAAUAAAGGU